CUCGUAUCUGAAGGUGUUAAAGCACUGUUGGACGAAGGGCGGGGACGAUUCGGAAGCCGACCUUCCACCUCGCAUCGCUGAAAUCGAAACGAAGUAUCACUCAACCGUUGAGAAUAAGCGUGCCGAGCUUGGCUUGAUGGAAGAGGAUGACCUCGCUUCUGAUGAGGAUGAUGAGGCGAUCCUGGAGGCAGCUGGGGUUUACAAGGGUCGGGUUCCGUGCUUGGGUGCCGAAGGCCAACGGAUUUUGCUCAACCGCGACGGCGCUUCGUCUUCUCGUUCGCGGCGUGGUGAGGAUCCUCGGAUUGCCGAAUUGCA